GGGUGUCCAUAUCAGUGAUUAAAUUUCUCUAGUAAAAAUGUAUUAUAUUAUAAUAUAAUAUAAUUGAUCGUCAAUACUACAUCGAACACAAAGGCUUGUGAUCGCCAAGGUGAACCAUCGACCAAUCCAUAUUGGAGAUACAAACCGACUGUCUCCUAUUUGCGCUUUGCAUUCUGAAAACGACAAUUCUCCAUUGCCAUGAUAACUCAAGCGAAUGCUUUAUGGAGAGUAUUCGACUAUCGUCGUGAGAACGGCUGCGCGAUUCACCGAGGGCCGCGGAGAUAGAAUGAAACGAACGCGUUCGAAGAGACUGGAUGUUGGAGAAUUCAUCAGAACAUGCCAUACAAGACAGCAUAUCAACGAUUCACCAUUACAUGACAUGGAUAAACAUCCGUGGUUCAUAAUUAAUCAACCAAACGCGCACCUGUUCGGGAAGAAUCGUGUAGUAUUGCUGUCGGUCUGAGCAAUGGCUGCUCCAAGAAGAAUUCAGUUCACCACACUCUCAAGCAAUGCACGCUUUCCUCUUCCCACCGUCCCCAAUGCCAGUGACCAGCCUGUCAAACAGGGUUUACCUGCACCGGCGCCAGCGGUUGGAUCGCCACCACCUCCGCAUCCUGCAACAAGAGUGGAAUUAAAUCUCUUCGAGUCGGAUGAACAACGCUGCCCGGAGUUUAGCUACCCGGAUUUGAUCCGCGCAAAAGAAACCGCUGAGAAAAAGAAACCACAAACAUUAGAUGAAGCGGUGGAGGACAAGGAGAGAGAUGAACUGGAGGCGCUUGCAAAAAAGUUUGACGCAAAAUACGGUGGAGCUGGCAAAAGAAAAAAAGACAGGUUACAGGAUCUGGUGGAUAUGGGCUUUGGUUACGAUGAAUCUGAUUCAUUCAUUGACAACUCUGAGGCUUAUGAUGAGCUUGUCCCAGCUUGUCUCACCACCAGAUACGGAGGCUUCUACAUCAACUCUGGAACUCUGCAGUUCCGGCCAGCCUUUGAUGAAGGAGAGGAGAACGAGAAUGAUUGUGAGGACAGCGGUUUUAAAUCGAAGAAACGAAAGCUUAAGCAAGGAAAAGACAAGAAGAUUGGGAAGAAAAAGAAAGAGGAAGACAUGCUUACUAGGAAGGAAGAGGAGGAAGCCAGAAAAAGCACCCCGCCAGACAAAUCAUCUGCAAAGAAGAAGAAAAACAAGAAGCCGCUAAGUAUCGAUAAGAUGCUGAAGAAGUUCCACAAGGAAAAGCUUCAGCAGCUGCAGAUGUUCAACGCUAGAGAGAGAGAUUGGCAUGCUCUCAAUGGCACCGUGCAAGCUGAGGUUCAAGAACCGCCCAUAUCAGCUGACCCUCUUCUCACACUCAUUGGUUCUGCCAGUGCAGAUGACCUCCUUCAGGCGGUCAAAGCAGCAGAGCAAGACUUUGACUUAGAUAGACUCUUAGGGGAGCCGCAGAACAUCUGUUCUCCGAGCCUAGAAGAUAACGGAGAGGCUCUGGUAGUGUCCGUCACUGAGAAACCCACUUCAUUACUUCCCGAUGGUCUGCCACCUACAUUAGAGCAACACAUUAAGGAACUUUCCCAGGCUGUUAAGGAAAUUGAAGGACAAAACCAGAUGGAAAUUUUUUCUUCAGAACUCAACAGUGUUCUACUAGAUGUGGAGGUGAACUCUAACCAGCUUAGUGGGAAAGUGCGCUCCAGAAUCUUCUCAUACUUGGCAUCACAGCUGUCCUGCAGCAAAGGCACUCUGGUUAAAAGAGCCAAAAAACUCCACAGUCUACAGCAGGAUGAACAGCUGCGGGAGCUGCUGAAGAAGCUAGAGAAUGCGGUUGCCAGGUCCAUGCCAGAACAGAUCACCCGUUUCCAGAAUCACUGCCAAGCUCACUCUGAAGCCAGAGCUGCCAAACUCGAGGCUGAGAAAGAGAGGGGGAUUGAUGGCUCUGAUGAAGAAGAAGAGGAGAGGAGUGGAAAACGAGUGUUUGGACCUCGCAAGAGGUUCAGAUGGAAUGAAGAGAUCAGGGAGUUGCUCUUUGAGAUUGUCAAUUUGAAGAUGAUUAUUUAUGAUUCGGAGUCGCCCACAUGCUCUAGUUUGGAAGAGUAUCUGAAAGCAUUCCUAGAGGCUGAUGUUAAACCACUUUGGCCUAAAGGAUGGAUGCAAUCCAGUUUCUGUCCUGUUCUUAAUAGAAUUCUGCUUAUAGAAACCCGAAAAGCACAUGGCCACAUCACUGGUGUUGUAGCAAGGAAGAAGCCAAUAGGUACAACAAAACUAAAAAAGGUCAGCGCCGCCCCUGAGGACAGUAAGAAUAACCCAGAAAUUCAGGGCUCACCAGCACUGAAACGCAAACGCCUGAGUGUACCUGUGAGCAUGCAACCUGAAGCCACGCUGAGCACCACUGCCAAAACGCCAUCAAACACACAAACAUCUACCACCUUCUCCACCCAUCCAUCUAAUCAGAACCACAAGGAAGGUAACAAGAUUGAGAACCAUCAUACCAGCACUCAGAGAAGUCCAGUGACCGCAGAGGGAGCUGGGUCAGUCCAGAUGAUGUGGACCAGGUCUGUUAUGGAUUCAGAUUCAAAGCGGCUCCAGACUGGAGAGAGGGCGACUCCAAAACUGACGCUGGUGGCGCCACCAGAUGGUGCUGUGGGUGACUGUCCAUCGGUGGUGCAGGGAGUGGCCAGGCUGCUCACUACAACCUCAGUGGGUGACACACCGGUUUCUAUGGCAGCAGCAGCUGGUGAGAUCUCCUGUGGAAACCCAGCGCUUCCCACUCCUUCUCUAUCGCUCCUUCCAUCCUCCUACCCCACCACAGUACAGCUGGGUGUUUUACCCAGCUUUGCCCCCCUGCAUGCUCUCCCGUUCCCUGGGCUCAGCCCUGGCACCAAACUCCCUGGACAGCCUCAGGCCUGCAAUGGAGCUGUUUUUCCUGGCCCAGCAACUGGAACUUUCCAGCAUGGUCUCGCACACGGUAACUCCAUGCUGUGCUCUAGCACGCUUCAUCUUCUGUCUGUCCCCGUUUCUUCUCCUGCUCCUCUUCAUUCUUUAACACCAUGGCUCUUUGGUUUAGAUGGAAGCCAGAUCCACACAGAUGGUCUAAACGCUCGGAGAAAACUACAUUAAUGCCCAUUAGAAUGAAAUGAAAGAUGGCUGAUACCUAAAGCAAACUUUGUUACUUUUCGUAAGAUUAUGAAGACGGAGCUGAUAUGACUGAACAUUGAUUUGAAUUCUAAUUUAAAAGAGCAGAUUAGGAGACAUCUCGUUUGUAUAUUUUAGAAUCAAAUCUCUUUCAAAACGAAUGCUUUUGGAGAAAAAAUGCUUUUGGAAUGAUAUGGAGAGAAAAAACGCACUUAUUGAGAAUGGAUGUAAGGACUAUAAUUUAAGUCUUUUUGUUUUUCACAGUAUUGAUUAUAAUUUGAAUGAUAUGACCAGCCACGUGACCUCAGUGCAGUGAUAUGCACUUGUAAUGCACUUACUUUCAACUUCUAAGGCGGAUACUUGAGUAAAUUCUUCUGUAUUCAUAUACCUUCUUAAUUGCCAUUUCUCUCUCGUAGAGGUGAUCUACCAGUGAAGAUCCACAAUCCUAACUUAUUUAUGAAAUGAAACGAACGAUAUUCAAUUCCAGGUGGUGUGGGUUUCCACACUACAGUGUUAUUUUCAAAUACAUGUUUGCAAUGAAAAUGUAAAGGAGCUCAGAAUCUGUUGUAAUAGUCGAAGCCAGAGACUGCACUUUUUCUUGUUUUGUUGUUGUUGUUGGACUGGGUAAUCCAAAUGAUGCCAGUGUAAUGAUCUCAGGGCUGUUUAAGUACAGUGGCCGCUUAAACAGUGCACUAACUUUUGUUUUUGAACAUACUGAAAAAAUAUUUGAAGGUAUAAUGUGGAAAUA